AUGAUGCGCGCAGUGUGGGAGGCACUGGCAGCGCUGGCGGCGGUGGCGUGCCUGGUGGGCGCGGUGCACGGCGGACCAGGGCUCAGCAUGUUCGCGGGCCAGGCUUCGCAGCCGGACCCCUGCUCCGAAGAGAACGGCCACCCCCGCCGCUGCAUCCCUGACUUUGUCAACGCGGCCUUAGGCAAGGACGUGCGUGUGUCCAGCACCUGCGGCCGGCCCCCAGCGCGCUACUGCGUGGUGAGCGAGCGCGGUGAGGAGCUGGUGCGCUCUUGCCACCUCUGCAAUGCGUCCGACCCCAAGAAGGCGCACCCACCCGCCUUCCUCACCGAUCUCAACAACCCGCACAACCUGUCGUGCUGGCAGUCUGAGAACUACCUGCAGUUCCUGCUCAACGUCACACUCACGCUGUAGCUUGGCAAGAAGUUCGAGGUGACUUACGUCCUGCAAUUCUGCUCCCCGCGGCCCGAGUCCAUGGCCAUCUACAAGUCCAUGGACUGCGGGCGCACGUGGGUGCCCUUCCAGUUCUACUCCACGCAGUGCCGCAAGAUGUACAACCGGCCUCACCGCGCGCCCAUCACCAAGCAGACCGAGCAGGAGGCCGUGUGUACUGACUCGCACACUGACAUGCGCCCGCUUUCAGGCGACCUCAUAGCCUUCAGCAUGCUGGAUGGGCGACUCUUAGCGCACAACUUAGAUAACUCGCCGGUGCUGCAGGACUGGGUCACAGCCACCAACAUCCAUGUGCCCUUUAGCUACCUGCACACAUUCGGCGAGGAGAACGAGGACUGGGAGCCGGCGCGCAACUCAUACUUUUAUGCAGUGUCCAAUCUGCAGGUGGGUGGCCGCUGCAAGUGCAAUGGACAUGCGGCCCACAGCGUGCGUGUCCCCAAAGACAGCCUGGUGUGUGACUGCAGGCACAAUACAGCCGGUCCCAAGUCCGACAGCUGCAAGCCCUUCCACUACGACCGGCCCUGGCAAUGCGCCACCGCCCGGGAGGCUAACGAGUGCCUGGCCUGCAGCUGCAACCUGCACGCCCGGCGCUGCCGCUUCAACAUGGAGCUCUACAAGCUGUCGGGGCGCAAGAGCGGGGGCGUCUGCCUCAACUGCCGCCACAACACGGCCGGCCGCCACUGCCACUACUGCAAGGAGGGCUACUACCGCGACAUGGGCAAGCCCAUCACCCACCGGAAGGCCUGCAAAGCCUGCGAUUGCCACCCUGUAGGUGCUGCUGGCAAGACCUGCAACCAAACCACCGGCCAGUGUCCCUGCAAGGACGGCGUGACCGGUAUCACCUGCAACCGCUGCGCCAAAGGCUACCAGCAGAGCCGCUCCCCCAUCGCGCCCUGCAUCAAGAUCCCCGUGGCGCCGCCGACCACGGCAGCCAGCAGCGUGGAGGAGCCGGAAGACUGUGAUUCCUACUGCAAGGCCUCCAAAGGGAAGCUGAAGAUUAACAUGAAAAAGUACUGCAAGAAAGACUAUGCUGUGCAGAUCCACAUCCUGAAGGCAGACAAGGCGGGGGACUGGUGGAAGUUCACGGUGAACAUCAUCUCCGUGUACAAGCAGGGCGCGAGCCGCAUUCGGCGCGGUGACCAGAGCCUCUGGAUCCGCUCGCGGGACAUCGCUUGCAAGUGUCCCAAAAUCAAGCCCCUCAAGAAGUACCUGCUGCUGGGCAACGCGGAGGACUCGCCGGACCAGAGCGGCAUCGUGGCGGACAAGAGCAGCCUGGUGAUCCAGUGGCGGGACACGUGGGCGCGGCGGCUGCGCAAGUUCCAGCAGCGCGAGAAGAAGGGCAAGUGCAAGAAGGCCUAG